AUGACUACUAGAUACAUAGCUUUGAAAAUAUUUGCAACAACCGUUUUACUACCUUAUGAAGACGAUGAUCUAUGUUGUGUUUGUCUUGAUAGAAUUACGUCAAUCAUAAAUGUACCAUGUGGUCACAAAGUUUGCGAUAUAUGUGCAAUUCAAUUAAGAAUAAAUAAAGCAAAUAAAACAAAUAAAUCAAACAAUUUUCCUCUUUGUGUAACUUGUAGAGCUGAAGUUAAAGGAUAUACUAGGCAAAAUAAACUUCAUUUAAACGAUUUAUUUCCUUAUGUGAAAGACGGUGAAUGUAAAAUUUGUUUGAAAAAAAGAAGAGUAUCAUUAAAAAGUAAUGUUUGUGGACAUGAAUUAUGUUCUUACUGUGCUCGGGACAUACAAUUAAAAAAUAAAAAAAAUGAAAAAAAUGAAAAACUAUACUGCAAAUUUUGUGGAAAUGACGUUGACAAUUUCAAAAAACUUUCUCUUAACGAUUUGAAAAUAUUUAAUGAAGUGAAAAAUAAAAUGAAUUGUAAUAAUAUAUUACUUCAAAGGAUAAUUAAUACUGAUAUAGAUGAAUCAAUAUCUAUAUUUGAAAAUACUUUUAAAGAAAAGGACUAUCAAAGUUUGUUAUUUUUUUUUUUUAAAGAAGAAGAGGGUUAUUUUACAGAAAUGAAUACAUUUGUUGAAGUGUAUUUCAAAAGAGCUAUUAUACAAGAAGAAAACAUCAAUCGUCUUAUACGAGGUGUGACAAUAAAAUAACGAGACUUUUUUAAUAAAAGUUAUUUAUUUUAAAAAUUUUACAAUUUAAUGAUUGUCACCUUCAAAGUACCUUCCCUCAGCAUCAACACACUGUUGCAUACGUCGCUGCCAUUCUUGAAAACAAUGUUGCCAGUCGCUUU